AUGCCAUUCUCCGGUCACGAGUCACCCUCAAGCUGGGUCAAUGGUCAACUCGUCGAAGACUUCAACUUCGACGGUCAACCUGGAGAAGACUUCGAUGCCGACAUCAUGCUCCACAACAUAGACUUUGGCGUAUACGUGGGUUGCUCCUUUUCGCCAGUGUGCGUCAAUGGCGCUUACCGAGAAGCUCUAGCACAUGUAUCUGCAAACCUGGUAUGGCAACCUGCUACGAGAAGGGUGAACAAGCCCUUAGUCAUCGAAGAGUUCGGCAUGACGGGUCUCUCGAACAAGUCGUCCAUAUAUCCUAUCUGGGUCCACAUCAUGCCAUGGCAAUGGGGCGAGCUUGGGUUGACUGAGAGUAAGGGUAAUCGGAUCAUCAAAUAUGCAGAUGCCAUAUUGGAUGGAGCUUCUCCAAACGAUGGAUUCGCCUUCUACCGGAACCAAACUGCUGUUUGGGAUAUAUUCACCCGGGCUGCGGAGAUGUUGGCAUGA